GAGCAUUUUUAAUGUUUAUUGUUUUUAUUAUUCUCAAACUCAGAUUUGCAAUGUAAAUACUAUUAGUACUAAAUGAUUAAUUAUAUAAAUUAGUUUUAAUUAAUAAUUAAAUGAUAUAUAAUCGACAAAUCAGCGAAAAUGCUCGCCUUAUUAUUAUUAAACAACAUCACAAUGAAACGACGCAAUGCUAGUAGACAAAAACCAGUGAAACCUGCUAGAAAUGAAAAGAAGAUGCCUGUGAUGGUGCACUGUCGGACUUGUCUGAGUACCCAGGAUCUAGUGUCUAUAUUUAUAAACAAAGAUACGGAGAAAAAACGGACUGAGGACCUGAAGGUAGUCACUGGUUUAAACAUCAAAAUGGACGAUGGUUUAUCACAAAAAAUGUGCGCAAAAUGCAUAGAAAUAAUGAAUACAGCGUUACAGUUCAGAAGAAUUUGCAGGAAAUCAGAGAAAGCGCUAUUAAACAUGCUGUCAGGUCGGAAAUCAAAAAGGAAAUACAAUACCAGACUACAGAAGAGAGUUCUAAAAAGAACGAAACUGACAAAUACGAAAAUGGAAGUGAAAAACGAAGAAUUCGAUUGUGGUUUCUAUGAUAAUGAUUUCCAGAAUGACGAUUGUCAUAAUCAUUACGAUGACUAUGAGAAUGCUGUUGUGAAUAAUGAUUUUAAUGAUUUAGUGAAGAAAGAUGUGAAGCCUAAAUUUAAACAGAAACAAACUCCAGGGCCCAAGAAGCGUUGUAUGAUUCCAAACGCAGCUUCAUACAAAUGUUCCACAUGCAACAAGGAGUUCAGGAUGAAGGCCACAUUCAAGGCUCAUAUGAGGUUUCACACAAAUUAUUGUGUGUGUGAGUCGUGCGGCAAGCGAUGCCGCAACAACAACCAGCUGCAGGAACACAAGCGCGCGCGGCACGGCCUCGGACGGAUACACAAGUGCGCGUACUGCGAGUACAGCUCCGCCACCAAGGAGGCGCUCACGAUCCACGAGCGGCGGCACACCGGCGAGCGGCCGUACGUGUGCGACCACUGCGGGGCGACUUUCCAUCGCCGGUCUAACCUGGUGCAGCAUAUUGCUAUACAUCUGCCGGAGAAGAACUUCCAGUGCGACAUGUGCCCGAAGAGGUUGAAGUCCCGCAAGUUCCUGCAGAUACACAAACACAACGCGCACACGGGCCGCCGCUACGGCUACCUGUGCGCCGUCUGCGACCAUCGCUUCGAGAAACCCAACAAAGUGCGCGCACACGCGAGGCGAGUACACGGCCUGCCCGACGACCAGCAGGGGCCCAUCGUGAGGGUGCAGCUCUAGUAGGUCUGCUGUACGAAUUUGGACCGUAUCUCCAAAGCUUAAAGUUCAGUUUACGCACGACGAGUACGAGACGCGCGACGAAUUCACGGGCUGCCCAACGAACAGGGUGCCUUCGUGCGUGUGCAGCUGUAAUAGGUAUCUGACGCUAAAGGAAUUUGGACCUUAUACCCUUAGCCUAAAGUCCAGUUUACGCACGACGAGUUCACGGACUGUCCGAAGACCAGCAGGGGGCCAUCGUGAGGGUGCAGCUCUGGUAGGUAUCUGACGCUAAAGGAAUUAGGACCUUAUAACCUUAGCCUAAAGUCCAGUUUACGCACGACGAGUUCACGGCCUGCCCGACGAACAGCAGGGGCCCAUCAUGA